AUGGCACCGUCACGAACCGAGGACUCGAGCAGCGACCCGAGUGACCACAGCGAUCUGAGCGAUGAUUGCUGCUGUAGCGCCAGGACCUCUCACAGGACAUCCAUCGCGUCUCCAGAUGGGUCCACACUCUAUCGCAUAGAUACCCAUACCCAUAUUAUGCCCUCUGAACUUCCAGACCUGUCAUCUUAUCCUACGAAUUCACAAUCCAGUCCAUGGCUGACUUUGCGGCCAUCAAAAACGGGUUCUGCCGACCAGAUUGAUAUGUACGUCGGUGACACGUUCUUCAGGACGGUGGAGCCCAAUUGCAUCCAUGCAGAGACUCGUAUUGCCGAGAUGGAUGCCGCCGGAGUGGACGUACAGGUGCUCAGCACAGUCCCUAUCCUUUUCUUCUACGAUGAGCCUGCAGAGCCCGUCAAGGUGUUGGCUCGCGCCCUGAACGAUCACAUUGCCGGUCUUUGCUCCCAGUACCCUGACCGUUUUGUUGGAUUAGCAACCGUGCCUCUACAGGACGUAGGCGCCUCGGUCCAAGAACUGCAGAGGGCGAAGGUGUUGGGGCUCAAGGGCGUUGAGAUUGGAACCACCAUUGGAGAUGUGAAUCUGGAUGACCCAGUUCUUGACCCCUUUUGGGCGGCGUGUGAGUCGUUGGAGAUGCCCGUAUUUGUACACCCUCUGGGAUACGCGUUAUCCAAAGAGAACAGCAAGAGGUGGGCCAAGUAUUGGGGCUCCUGGCUUGUGGGCAUGCCAUCGGAAACCGCGCUGUCGAUUCUUGCUCUCACAUCAUCCGGCACACUUUUGAGGCAUCCGCGACUGAAGCUGUGUUUUGCUCACGCCGGCGGUGCGUUCCCAGCCCUGCUUGGACGAAUCCAGCAUGGGUACGAUUGCCGGCCUGACCUUCUAGCAGGCCAAGCAGGAGGUGUUAGUCCUACCGAACACAUCUCCAGGGGCGGCUUCUGGGUCGACUCCCUGGUCCACGAUCCUGAUCUCAUGGAAUUUUUGUGCAAGAAGAUUGGAUCCGAACGCAUCGUGAUGGGAAGCGAUUAUCCAUUCCCACUAGGUGAAGUUCCGGUAGCUGGAAAGAUGUUGUGUACGGAGGAAAAGCUGUCUCACUUUCUGAAUUGGGAUCAGCGGGCGCACAUGCUUGCCGGAAAUGCCAUCGACCUAUUCAAUCUCGACAGUUCCUUCAAGAAAAACUUCGAAACCAGGUUAAAGGACUUUAAGGCGUCAGUUGGCGUGGAAGUUGGUGUUCAAACAGGAACGGUCCUAGCCAACUGA